CUAUUUUUGAAUAAACCCCUAGCACUCCUAUUUUUGCAUAAACCCUAGCACUCCACUAAAACCCUAUAUGCUGCCGGCCAUACAAAACCCUAGCCUCACAGCGUUCAAGCCUCGCUCCGUCAUGCUCUCAAAUCAAGCCAUGAACAAUCUCAGUAACAAGACUUCCAAGACCCUAAACCCUUGCCAGAAGAAGACCCUUCUUCACAGCUCCAUAUUGCAUUAUCUUCAACGCAGUGGCUUCUCCAAAACCCUAAAGUACUUUCAACGUGAAGCCCCACUCGAGAAUGACAAUGGGAACGGUUGCUCACUUGACUUGGAAGAAGUGUACUACAAGAGUUUGGAAACAUGUGAUAAUGCUAGCACAAAUUGGAACAACUGCAAGGAGCAAGAUUUAGAGAAGAGUGAUAAAAAGGAUGGAGAAGAUAACUGUGUUGCUGUUGUGGAAACCGUAAGUAAGAAAAAGAAAAAGAGAAGUGAAGAGAGCAAUAGAAAAGCUGUAGUCAAUGAAUCUGGAACUGCCAAUAAAUUUUGUAAUGCUAAGAAUUCUGAGAAGACAUUAACAAAGGAUAUAGUGCCUCCCUUAAAUGUAAAAUCAAAAGAGAAGAAAAGCAAAAAGAUUUAUGAUUCUCUUGAUGAAGGAACUGAACAAGUCAGCUCUGAAAUAUCAAAGGAGCCUGUUGAUGAGACUGUGUGUGAACCGCAGUUGGAUGAAUCCAGUAAGAAAGGCAAGGACAAGAAGAAAAAAAGCAAGUUGGUUUCUCAGCCACAUGUUGAUAAUGCAGAACCUCAUCAACUAGAUACACAGCCUGGGGAAAAUGAAGAAAACCCUGAAGGUUUGGCAGCUGCAGAGGGCAGAGAAGCAACUGAUUCUGAGGCAAACAUUAAAUCUAAGGAUAAGAAGAAAAAGAAGUUUGAAAAAGAAAAAUCGAAAAGGACUGAUUCAAAAUCCAGUAAUUCUCAGACUUUUGAAGAAGAUGCAUUGGAUGAAGACAAUAAAGUUUCCAAGAAAAGAAAAAGACUGGCUUGUGAAGAAAGUAAUUCUCAGCCUGCUGACAAAGUUGUAGUUGAAGAAUCCAAACGCCAAAAAACAGAAAGUUCUAAAGAAUCUGACGGAAUCAAGCUCCUCAAGGAGGUGAAAGAAUCCCUUGGAAGUGAUCUUGAUGAAGGAGACAAGGGUAAAGUUGCUAAGCAGCUUGAUGUCCAGGCCAAUGGGAUCCUUGACAAAAAUGGAGAGAAAUCUACAGCGCGGAAACAACUGAAAAAUCAGCAAAAUUCAACUGAGCCAAAGACUGUUAAUGCAUUUCAAAGGGUGAAAAUUGAUGAGGUGGAAUUUGCUGAUCAAAGACUGCAAGAUAAUUCUUAUUGGGCAAAGGGUGGUGCAGACAGUGGCUAUGGUGCCAAAGCUCAAGAAAUACUUGGGCAAGUUAGAGGAAGGGAUUUUCGCCAUGAAAAGACCAAGAAAAAGCGUGGCAGCUACAGGGGAGGCCAGAUCGAUCUGCAGACUCACUCAGUAAAGUUCAAUUACUCUGAUGAUGAUUGAUUGAUGAGAUGACUGAAUUGUGCAAUACAAGUCCAGAGCACCAUUGCUCAUGCCCUGCUAAUUCGGGUAAUUUUGUUUGGUAAUCUAUCCAGCUUUGUGAAAACAAUUUUUUGUCGAUUCAACUAUUUAUAUACACCAAUUACCAAAAUCAUCCUUUGUGCCCUAGUUGUGUCUCCCAAGUCCCCAUGUUUCCCACCAUAUGAAGGUGGUUUUCUUGCAGAAGAGUGGCCUAGCCUAUAGUUUUGGCUGAUAGAUUCUCUUGUUUUGGGAAAAAGAAGGUUUAGAUAUCUGUUUUAACUUUGAUUUAUUUCAUAAAAAAAAGAAAAAAACAUUUGGAUUUUAUUUUA